GUAGAGGGUCUUACAGAAACAUUUCAAGUAUUAGACAAAAACCUCUCUCUAGUCUCGAUAAACCCUAAGUCUGCUCGUGCUCUCCGAUGGCGAGCCUCCGAUGCCUCCGAGAGCUAAGCCGCCGCGCGACGACGGUUCUCUCGAUCAACCAAACGCGCUUGAUCUCUUCCGUUCGGCGAUUAGAGCUUCCCGGGACCAGCAUUACUCAUGGGAUCCCAAUUACGAAUCAAUCUCUCACUAGGGAUUUGCCAUGGUAUCGCUCCCAAGGUCGACAUUUCUCUUCGAAAGCGAAGGACACUGAUGAAAGCAGCGAAGGAGAAGAUGAUGAUGAUGAUGAGGACUACGAGGAUUCGGCGGAGAUGGAAGUAGAGAGGGAGUAUUCACCGGCGGAGAAAGUAGAGGCGGCGGCGGAGAUUGGGUAUAAAGUGAUGGGUCCUCUUAAAUCGUCGGAGAGAUUAUUCAAACUUUACGAGCCAGUGUUUGCCGUUGUUCAGAUUGGUUCUCAUCAGUUCAAAGUAAGCAAUGGAGACUCCAUCUUCACAGAGAAGUUGAAGUUCUGUGACAUCAAUGAUAAGUUGGUACUGACCAAGGUUCUUCUAUUGGGCUCGGCAAGCCAGACUAUUAUUGGGAGGCCUAUCUUGCCUGAUGCCACUGUUCAUGCUGUUGUGGAAGAGCAUGCAUUGGAUGAAAAAGUGCUCAUUUUCAAAAAGAAACGAAGGAAGAACUAUAGGAGAACCACAGGACAUCGACAGGAAUUAACGAAGUUGAGAAUAACGGAUAUACAAGGAAUUGAGAAACCAGAACCGAAGAUUGUCCAUAAGCCUUCCAAGGCAGCUCAUACAGAGGCUGAGCUAGUUGCUUAGAGAGACGAAUUGCUUUUUGUUGUUUGUUGCUGAUGCCAAUAAGUUGAAAAUUCAAAAAUAAAUAUUUGCGGAAACAGUGGUUGUUUCUGCACUAUGCUUUUGUCCUGUAAGAUCAAGUUAAUAUUGUUUUGCUGCCGGAAAUUCCGUGAACGUCAGGCUACACACUCUCUUUAACAAGAAUAAAAUCAGUUUCA